UCUCGCUUCCUGGCGCCCCCAAGGAGCAGAAGUGGCUGGGGAGAAACUCUGCAACCCUCUAUCUAGUACAGGGAAACGAGCCCUUUGGGCUGCGCCACCCACAGACGCGUCCAGAAGCAGGUGCUGCGGAGAUGGACUCCGUGACCUUCACAGACGUGGCCGUGAAUUUCACCAGGGAGGAGUGGGCCCUGCUGGACUCUGCGCAGAGAAUUCUCUACAGAGAUGUGAUGUUGGAAAACUGCAGGAACCUGGCCUCUGUGGAUUUGGUGACUCAACAUAAAAUGAAAAACUCAACCCCUCAGCAGGACAUUCUUGCCAAAAAGACACCUGAUGAAGCAAACAGAGUGUGUGCCGUGAGCCACAGUUCCCAGCCCUCCCCACUGGGGGAAGACUGGAAAAAAUGCCACAAAACAGACGAGCCACCCAAGCAAAGGGAGCAGAAUUUGAAGCGAGUUGCCGCUGUGCACGAGAAGGACGAGUCUCCGGUUAUAAUCUGCACAUGGACAGACUGCACUUCCCACCAUCCCUCCCCUUUGAAGUUACGCAUCGUUGAAUGACCUGCUUGGGCCAACAGAUGCCGAGUGGAAGUGACAUGUUUCAUAUCCAGGCAGAAGCUGUAUGAGUCACUGCAGCUUCGCCACUUUCUCUCUCUUCCCAGUGCCAAAGAAUUGCCAGGGCUCCGGAGAGAUGCUGUUCCCUCAGCCUGGGUCACAAGGAUGAUGUGGAGCAGAGCCCUGAGGUGACCCAUAAAAGACCAGUAACACUGGCGAGUAAUAAACUUUUGCUGCAUGAGGCCACUGAGAUCCUGGGCUUGUUUGUUACUGGAGCAUAACCCAGCCUAUCCUGACUGAUACAUCCUAGUUUUUAGUAGAGCCUAAAAUGUGGUGGUCUUAAAAAAAAAAAAAAGA